AUGGCUACUACUUAUGACCACCCAUCGGUCAAGACGGUGCACUGCACUGGAGGCUCGUACGAAAUAGGAUUCACGCAUGGACAGGCUGCCUCGGUAGAAGUGCAUAAUAAUAUCGGGACAUACACGGGUUUCUUUGCAGAGACCGUGCACCUCACAUGGGAUCAAGCUCGUGAACGAGCCGUGGCCGAGUUCAUCCCAACGCUCCAGAAAAAGUACCCCGAGAUCCUCGAAGAAAUGAGAGGUAUUGCGGACGGAGCAGGCGGCGGCCUCACAGUAGCUGAUAUCCUUACGCUCAAUGUCCGGAGUGAAAUCGCCCUGACAAAUUACGCGGAUGGCUGCACGUCUCUCAGCCAGAAAACGCCGGAUGGGAAGAUCUUCGUCGCACAGAACUGGGACUGGCUGGAAGAACUGCAAAAAGGACUGGUAUUUCUCCACAUCAGACCUGCCGGUUCCGAAACCGAACUUAAGUUUCUCUCUGAAGGAGGAAUCGUGGGCAAGAUUGGCAUGAAUAAUGCCGGAUUUGGUCUGUGUUCCAACGCGCUGCGUUCUGGAGCUUAUAACCAGCACAAUUUGCCUAUCCAUGUCAUGUCUCGUCGUCUGCUGCAAUACGCGACCAGUGUCGACAGUGCAUUGUCAAUCAUUAAUUCACUCGGCACUGCGAGUGCCUCCAACUACAUGAUGGCAGAUAAGAGCGGAAACCAUCUAGACGUCGAGUGCUCUCCUCAUGGAAACGUAAUUAUUCUUCCACACAACGACUACGUGGCCCAUACAAAUCAUCUAUAUGGGCCAAAUCGUCCGGCCAGGCUCGUGGACCACCCAGCCCCGAAUUCCAUGUCUCGCUUGCUCAGGGUCCAGGAACUUUGCGAGCAGGACAGGAAGAAUGCAAUUCCGGCUUCGUUUGAGUCCCUGAGGACCAGGUUUUCGGACCAGGAUGGAUUUCCAUACUCCAUUUGUAGGUCUAGACCACCUGGUGCCGUAGGUAUGGAGAGGAUGAUUACUCUAAGUACAAUCAUGAUGGAGCUGAGAAGUGGUACUGGCAAGGUUUUGAUUGGGAAACCUUGUGAUGACAUCCCCGUUGUGGAGUGGUCGUUCUGA